AUGGAGAAGGCUCGUAGCAUGCUACACUACCAGGGUGUUAGUAUGGAAAGGUGGGCAGAGGCUGUGAGCACAGCAGCAUGCUUGAUCAACCGUUUUACUAACACAGCAUGCUCAAACUCGACUCCAUUUCAGUUGGCCUACGAUAAGAAGCCUCGUCUGGACCAUUUGCGCGUAUUUGGGUUGCAAAAGUACGCCCACAUUGAAGAUGUGAAGCGGAAAAAGCUCGAUUCCAAGAGCUUUUGCUGUAUGAUUCUAGGGUAUGCUGAAAAUGUUAAGGGAUAUCGUCUCUAUGGCUUGGACAAUCUUAAGAUCAAGACAUCACGUUCUGUCAACCUGGACGAGCGUGAGGUUGCCGGUAUAUACGACACGCGGUCGCCGCAGCUUGAAACAAUCGUCCGUGUGCCCGCUGAACAUGAUGAUGAAAAUCUCUCACCUGUGGAGAUAGAGCAAUUAACGGACGAGCCCAUGGAAGUCGAUGAAGACCCUGGGCUGGAUGUAAAGAUUGAUGGGUUGGAUGAGAUGGAACAUGAGCAGAAGGUCAAUUAUCCUCGACUCCGGUCAUCAGGACCUACACCAGUUGAGCAUGAACUGACCGAAUGUUCUCCUUCGCAGCCAGUUUUCGAAGAAGACCGGUUGGUGUUUCACCCUGAGACAACAUUCUCAAGGCGAUCCUGGGAGCCAGCAUUGCUACUCGAGGACGAGAAAUAUGAUGACGAAACACAUCAGUCAGAAUGGAGUGAUGGACCACCAUCACCAAAGCGUGCCAGAAUCGACGAUGAAGGGUUGCUGGCUGAGGAAGUAUUCACAUAUGCUGCAAAUUUUGACGGCAUUCCAGACACACCAAACACGUAUGCAGAAUCCACUGCUAGUGGUGAAGCAGAUAGAUGGAGUAAGGCUAUUGAUGCAGAGCUUCAUUCUCAUGCCCAAAAUCACACGUGGACCCUCAUUCCACGUAAAACGAACAUCCGGUCGAUUGGGUGCCGUUGGGAUUUCGCUAAGAAGCGGGAUGAGAGCGGUCAAGUGAUUAGAUACAAGGCUAGACUGGUGGCUCAAGGGUUUAAGCAAGAGUUUGGGGUCGACUUCUUCGAAACAAACUCGCCAAUGGCCAACAUGAACUCAAUUCGAGUUGUGCUUGCUGUGUGUGCGGAACAUGCCUACAUGAUAGAGCACCUGGACGCUGAUACAGAGUUUCUGAACAGUACGUAUGUGGAAAGCGUCUACAUGGAAGCUCCAUGUGGUGCGAAGAACGCUAAGGGCAUGAUAUGCAAGCUGAACAAAGCUAUCUAUGGGCGGAAACAGGCAGAAAGCGCUUGGAACAAAGCAAUUUGUAAUGUGUUCCUGCUUGACGACUUCAAAAGCUGCGGUGCCAAUCAAUGCAUUUACGUAAAGCGUGCUCGAAAUGGCUUCGUUUAUGUGUGCCUUUACGUAGACGACAUGAUUAUUGCGGCAAAACAAGCGUUGAGUUUGAAAAGACAAGAAGACGCUCAAAAACGCGUUCAGGAUGAAGGAGCUGGGUGCAGCAAAGUUCAUUCUGGGUACGGAGAUCAAUCACGACAUAAACGCCGGUGCGCUCAUGAUAAGGCAAACUCGGUACAUAGACGACGUGGUGAAACGUUUUAA